AUGUCAAUAUGUGCAACCGAAUGUUUGUACAAAGUCCCAACAAUGAGUCUGCUCGCCUGCUUUUGUCACACCCCCGCCGUCAACGGGCCAGGCGACAUCGUGUAUUUCCCGCUUGCACCUAGGACGAUCAGCGCUCAGCGCUCAGCAUCGGGCAACCAGAUGACCGCGAGCCAGUUAGUGGCACCCCUCGAGUUCGCAAGUUCACGCUGCGCCAUCCGAGGCGAACAUGCGUAUCAGCUGGUCCUACCGGUCUCGGGAAUUGUUGGUCGAGACUCGACAUGCGCCACGAGCGAUGGUGGAAGUUCAAGUCGACUUCGAGUACUAUGGGAAUGUGGUGGCGAAAUGCUCAUUCGCCAACGUGGUGAUGAGGAUGUCAUAUGCAUCUACAGUCUUGUCGUAUUUCUGGAAACCCCCAAUUCGGAGCGGAAAGGCCGAGGACCCUAUAUUGUCAUGAGCUUCGUUAUCCUGGUCAUCUCAGCCAUUCCUGUCGCAUUAGACUCAAGUUUGCUGUUUCGUCAGCUCCGCGAAGCUACCUCGGGGAGGAGGUUCAUAACGAUUCUCGGUCAGGACAUUUCGUCAUGGGAAGUCACGGUCAGCACAAGCCUCCUGCCCGCGUAUAUCUUGGUUGCGGAUGGCCUUUUGGUGGGUGGCCUUCAAUUUCACUCAGACGCGUAG